AUGCCCGAUAAUCUAAAAGAACCUUUCUCUAUGAAGCCAGAAACUAUUCGUUUAUCUGUGUUCCUUGCAGAUUGCCUUUCUGUAGGCUGUCUGAAGGGAUUCAAACAUUUUGAAGUAUAUUUAAGAGGCCGAGAAGAACUCUUAUUACGUGUAUAUAUUGAUAGUAAUAAUAAAACAAAUUCAAAUUUGGAAAGUAAUAGGUUAAACUAUAAUUCUCUGUCACUUGCAAAAUCUCAAAGCAACGCAUUGUUUUCACCAAAAACGCGUCGGACUCUUAGUAACGGGUUCGAUAUGGAUAUUAUAUUACCACCAUCCAGUCCUUUAGACAAAGAUUUAGAAAAAGAUGAAACUAACCAUGCUUUCUUGAUAGCUGGAUAUGCAAGAUAUAAAUGUCCUUAUGUUUGGUUGAGGUCAAAUCAUAAAAGGUUAAUUCAACUUCAGGAUGAUCAAAAGUUAGAAACUGAUAAUCCAUUAAAACUUGAUACUAUAGCCGCUUGGAAAGCCAGAGAUAUUAAACUUUGGGAUAUUAUUGCGGAAGUGAUAACAUUGUGUCUUGAUAAAGCGCCAGAAAAUCCAUUUGAAAUAGAUCAUUCAUAUUAUGACACAUUACCAAUUGAAGAAAUGGCUGUUAGUACAGGAGCGAUGGUAGAUUUUCUUCAAAAAGUUUAUCUAAAUGAUACUCCAUAUGCUAGUAAUGUUUUUGAAGACAUUAAACAACUUCAACAGAGACAUUUCAUAGCUUUCGAAGAGAUGAAUGAAGCAUUGAAUUCAAAUUCGUUAGAAAAAUCAAAUCCAUCUUCUAAUGUAUCAGUCAAUAAUACUAAAAAAUUUGAUUAA